AUGUCCUCCUCGACCGAAUCGCUACCCUAUCGUCGCUCGAACCCCGUAGCUGCUUCCCUGUACGCUUCCACACUAUCACCACCUGGAUCGCGUUCCAUGUCGCCAGCGGGACGGGGCUCUCCGUCAAAGUUACUAGCAGGCACAGUUUUCGAUGCGCCAUCAGGGCCCCUGCCAGAGGGCGCAGGCGAGAAGCCGGGGGAUCCGCUGAACUUGAUAGUCAAAGCUUUCGUGCCGCACGUUGCAAUACAAGCUUCAAGCGACGUUGAGCAUCUUGCUAGCAGCAAAGGGUUCAAAAAUGGGCUUUGGGAACUCCUACGACCCUUCGGCGAGCGAAUACAGGGCAAGGUUGCGAUCAGAGAUAGCAACGGAGUCAGUAAGCUUGCAGAAGACUUUUCAGUACGAUUCACCAGGUUCGGCGCGGAUGUGGAGCACCCCGACAGUGGCUUUAAGCAACAAGCUUCGGGCCAGGAAGAUCAGGGCAUGUCGAGAGACAAGAGAACGCUGGUCGCUGUAGAGGAGGUGGUUGAUCGCCACCUAUCGUAUGCCGAGCAGUCUUUUCUCAACACGCCACAGCACAGCCAGAGCACGACCCAGGGGAGCGAGGAUGAGGAAGAUGAUGAUUUCGAGGAUCCGACCAGGCACAUUUUCGAGUCAGAUGCGACUGCGAUACGAACAUUCGUUAGGGAGAUGGUUACGCAGUCUAUUGUGCCAACAAUGGAACGCCACGUCUCGAUAUGGAAUGACCAGAUUGCGUCGCGUAGACGUGGUUUCGCCGGCCGGUUCAUGAAUCUGUCACGUAAAUUCAACUUUGGAGGAGGCAGGUCUUCUACUGGCAGCAGCGGUAUGGGGAAGGACAAUUACGACGCUGCAGGCUUCUUCCGCGCAGAUGCACCCGAGGCAAUCAUGCGUAAGCUUGCCGACUAUGCGUUCAUGUUGAGGGACUUCAAGCUAGCCCACUCGACGUAUGAGCUGCUGCGAACAGAUUUUGCCGACUCGAAAGCAUGGAAGCACCACGCCGCUACGAACGAGAUGGCUGCGAUCAGCCUCUUGAUACAAUCACAGCAGAUUACCUCAAAGACCCGGGCAGAGACGAUCGAUCAGAUGCUCGAAUCUGCCUUCUACUCCUACCAUACCCGAUGCAGCGCGCCGUUCGGUGCGAUUCGUAGUUUGACUCUGUGUCUGGAGCUGCUGCGACUCAGGGGUGGCACCAGUGUUGAUGACGCGAGCCGAUGGGGUAUUCGAUUGCUCGAGUCCCGUAUUCUUGGAGCUGUUGGCGAUGCCCUCAUCAAGGAGCGCCUAGCGAUUUGCCAUGCCUCUAAAGAAGGAGUUGGAAGUUGGCACUGGGGAGCCCGCUAUCGCAAGUCUGGCGCAUGGAGUGUUCUCGCAGCAGACGCAUGGAUGCAGCACGAGCGCUACCUCCCCGCUCAACGGUGCUUGAAUGAGGCGCGGAAAACAUAUGCGGCUCUGCCUACAGAAUACGGUAUAUCAAAAUUUGAAGCUGCGCAUGGCUUCAUAGAGUCUCUGGAAAGGGCCCUGUCGGACAAGCUGGAUCACACAGGCGAAGCGAGCAAGGACAUAGACGAGGAAAGUCUACAGCUCGCCAUCGCCGGCGAACAAGCGAAUCUUGGAUCAUUUCGCGAAGCCUGCCCUGACUAUGUCACCUACUCGGCGCACUCCCACAACCCGCUUUCCAAUGGCCCCCUCGCGCUCCCCUUCCAACGCCCUGAAGAACGAUGCCGCACGUUUCAUUCCGACGCAAUCGAGAAGGUAAUCGAGGACAUGACCUCUCGCAUUGAGGACCCAGACCUUGCUCGGCUCUUCGAGAAUACCUUCCCGUCGACAACGGACACUACUGUGAAGUUCCACACCAAGGGCGCCGAGGAGAUUGGUUUCUUUCGCAUGGCCGGCUUCAAGGCCUUUGGUGAUGAUGGCGCAUGGGAAGGUCCACAGAGCUUCAUCAUCACCGGCGAUAUCAUAGCAGAGUGGCUGCGCGAUUCAACGAACCAGUUGCGACCGUACCAUGCGCUAGCAGGGAAAGAUCCAGCAAUUCACACGCUAUUACUGGGAGCAAUCAACACGCAGGCAGAAUAUGUCAUUCAGUCUCCGUACUGCAAUGCGUUCCAGCCCCCGCCAAUAAGCAAGUUACCGAUCUCGAACAAUGGUCAACAAGAUGUGGUGCACCCCGCAUAUGAGCCUGAUACAGUGUUCGAGUGCAAGUACGAGCUGGAUUCAUUGGCGCAUUUUCUCGCGUUGGCGAAUGACUUCUAUGACCACACGGGCUCAACCGAGUUCCUGCACAACCGUUGGUUCCUGGCGCUCGAGACGCUUCUGCAGGUUUUGAAGCAGCAGAGUCAGCCGACCUUUGACGCCGAGACGGGCAGGCUCAUGUGGAAUGAGUAUACCUUCCAAAGGAAAACCGAUAUUGGUACCGAAACGUUGAAUCUGAAGGGAAUGGGCAACCCAUUGAACGCUGGCACGGGCUUGGUCCGUUCAUCGUUUAGACCAAGUGACGAUGCGACGAUUUUAGGCUUCUUCAUCCCAGCCAACGCACAAAUGUCUACGGAAUUGCAGAGGACUGCAGCCAUCUUGACGGGGGCAGGCAAGACGAAGCUGGCGGAUAAGCUCAACAAGUGGAGCAAGCAGAUUCGCGAAGGCAUCAUGGAGCAUGCCGUCGUUGAGCACAAGAAGUACGGCAUGGUCUUCGCAUACGAAGUCGACGGCUAUGGUUCGAACAUUAUGAUGGAUGAUGCCAACUACCCAUCAUUAUUAGCUUUGCCAGUCAUGGGAUUUGUGGAGGCGAGCGACCCCAUUUACCAGAACACGAGGAAGAUGGUCUUGGAACAAGAUGGCAAUCCAUACUUCCUCAAGGGCAAGGAUUUCAAAGGCAUUGGCGGGCCGCACAUUGGCUUGAAGAACGCUUGGCCGAUGAGUCUGCUGAUGCAGGCUCAGACUUCAGACGAUGAUGCUGAAAUCAAGGAAUGCCUGCGUCUUGUGUUGUCGUCUUCAAAGCUCGGACUCAUACACGAGAGUAUCGAUGUCACCCACGCCAGCCAGUACACACGAAGCUGGUUCGCAUGGGCGAAUGGGGUAUUUGCCGUGACGAUGCUGGACCUCGCGAAGCGAAAGCCUCAUCUUGUCUUUGGCGAGGGAGCGGAGCCAUAUGAAGUUUGA